AUGAGUAAAUGUCUUUAUGAUGUUGAGUGCCAACAAACAAUUGUGUUAGUUGAUUCGGAUAUCUGUGUCGUCGACACCAAGACAGCUAUUGUCAACCUCUUAGGAGCUGUUGCGAAUAUCCAGGGCGACACCCUGCGUUCGCCAUGGAAUGACGUCCUGGAAACGCUACAAGAAGACACAUCUACUUUGAACUCAAAGGAAGGACUCGGAGGUUCAGUAUUGAACCAGAAAGUAACAUCUAGUGACCAAUUGGAUACCUCAACGAAAGUCUCAAAUCACUCUGGAGCAACUAGUUUGGAUGUAAAAGAGCGUGUUUGUGAAGUAUUAGAGACUGUAGAGUUUGAAAAUCAAACCUACCGUAAUAGAUUGUGGCAAUUGGCCCGACAGAUACGUACCUACAGCUGCUGUCCGAAAUCCGUUGUUGAAGAGGCCUUGUCGAUUGCGGAGAGACUGCUAGAAAAAUCCGACAGUAUCAACUGCGUGAGACUAGAAUCUCUUGUCCGAUGUUUUAACGGUGCCUCGGUUGUCUUUGUUUCGUCAGAUUCAGAGCGAAAUACUUACGAGACCACACGUGAAAAUAACAUUGUCAACGUUAAACAGUUCAAGCGUUUUGUGGAGGAGAUAGUGACUGCAAGCUACCAAAGGAACUACGAGUUAGACUUUAUAGGACAGACAGAAAAUAGUGUGGACGUCCUAUUGAAAUCUUCAACUCGUGAUUAUCCAAAGUCUAAAUUGGUACUACUACUAAUUUCACAGUACCCAGAGGCUAUUCGUAGGCUCAUAGACGCAGCUGGCAUAACGUCGAGAGGUUUUGAACAUUUGCAAGUCGAAGUUGCCUGCCCCGAGGACGUGCGUAAUUACACCAAGUACAAGGAUACCACAAAUUAUAUCCUAUAUCCACAAGAGAGUAGCGUUGUGCAAUAUUUGCAAAAGGAGCUUGAGAAGGUUUCGUGUGAUAUUGUUUUGGUUUCCAAAGUUGGGAUCUCCAAAUCUCAAACCGCUGAUAUAUCGUCAAGCAGCUGUAGUGACAAGGUUGAUUUACUCCGUGAACCCAACUUCACUUUGGGUAAUACCUUAUUGGCAUCCUACUUGAAAUUUAAGGAGCCGAUCCUUUUGAACGGUAUUGUAAUAAAAGGAUUUGGUAGGGGUGCAUCCUGCUUAGGUAUACCUACAGCGAAUCUUGAUUGUGAUUUCAUCCCACAUUUAGUUCCAGGUGUAUACUUCGGUACGUGUUAUCUUGUGGGCAAUUCGGAAGUUGAUGAGCAUACACCUUUGAGAACGAUAUUGUCUGUUGGUUUUAACCCUCAUUUUGACCACGGAUUGUAUUCUGUUGAACCUUAUAUAUACCAUUCCUUUACGAAGGGCUUUUUAGGUCAGCGUUUAAAUCUUGUGAUUGAAGGAUUUUUGAGAACAGAAGGUAGAUUCGAUUCUUUACAGGGUCUUGUAUCUGCGAUCCAAAGGGACGUUAUUGAGCAUAAGAUUCGUGAAAUUGAGGCCGAAAUGGCCAGGACCCAAAAGAACAAGGCUACAGAGUACCAUUUAGGUCAAUUGAAGGCCAAGCUUGCGAAGUAUAGGACCCAAUUAGUCGAAGCCCGUCCUAUCGGUGGUGGUAAGGGUGAAGCUUUUGAGGUGUCUAAAUGUGGUGAUGCACGUAUCUGUCUCAUUGGUUUUCCAUCUGUGGGCAAGUCUACUCUUUCUAACGCUUUGACCAAUAUGAACUCUGCUACUGCUGAUUAUGAGUUUACUACUCUUACGUGUGUCCCAGGUAUUUUGAUGUACAAGGCUGCAAAAAUCCAGCUACUAGAUCUGCCAGGUAUCCUUGACGGUGCUUCUGAGGGUCGUGGUCGUGGUAGGCAGGUGAUCGCUGUUGCUAACAGUUGCGAUCUUGUGUUGAUGAUAUUGGAUGCUACUAAGGAUGAUUCUCAAAAGUGUAAACUUGAGCGUGAGCUUCACAACGCUGGUAUCCGCAUUAACCGUAAGCCUCCAAACAUAUCAUUUAAGCAGAAGAAGUCUGGUGGUCUGAACAUAAACCAUCUUGUACCAAUAAACCACCUUAGUGAGCGUGUAGUUCACUCAGUGUUACAUGAGUACAAGAUUUUCCACGCUGAUAUAAUUAUCCGUGAGGACGCGACUGUCGAUGACCUUAUUGACGUGGUACGUGGCAAUUGUAAAUAUUGCAAGUGUAUUUAUGUGUAUAACAAGAUCGAUAUGUUAUCAUUGUCUGAGAUUGAGGAGAUAGCACGUCGUCCUAACACUGUUGUGGUUAGCAGUUCUAAGGAGUGGAAUUUGGAGUUAUUAAAGGAGCGUAUGUGGGACGAGCUUGAGCUUAUGCGUAUCUACACAAAGAACAAGGGUGAGGUUCCUAACUUCGAGGAGCCCAUCAUAAUGACACCGCAACGUGGUGACGGUACAGUGUCUGCUGCUGUGCAGAUGAUCCACAAGAAGAUGUUGGAUGAGUUUAAGUUUGCUUUAGUAUGGGGGACUAGUGUGAAACACAACCCUCAGCACGUUGGUUUGAAGCAUCAACUCCAUGAUGAAGACGUAAUCCAGAUCUUCAAGAAGCGUUGA